AUGUGCGUGGGGAGUUGCGGUGCGGGAGCAGAGGGGUGUGGGAGUGGAGGUGUGCGGGGAGCAGCGGCGGUGCGGGGAGCGGAGGUGCGGGGAGUAGCAGUGCGGGAGCUACGGUGCGGGAGUGGCGGUGUGCGGGGAGCGGAGGCGCGGGAGCGGCAGUGUGCGGGGAGCCGCGGUGCGGGAAGCGGUGGUGCAGGAGCUGUGGCGCAGGAGCAGCGGUGCGGGGAGCGGAGGUGUGGAGAGCGGCGGUGUGCGGGGAGCGGAGGUGAGGGAGCGGUGGUGCGCAGGAGCAGCGGUGCGGGGAGUGGAGGUGCAGGAGCUGCGGUGCAGGAGCAGCGGUGCGGGGAGUGGAGGUGCAGGAGCUGCGGUGCAGGAGCAGCGGUGCGGGGAGCGGAGGUGCGGAGAGCGGCGGUUCGGGAGCAGAGAUGCGGGCAGCGGAGGUGCGGGAAGCGGCGGUGUGCGGGCCCCUCUAGAGGGAGCCCUCCGCUGAGGAAUGGCCCGGGAGUCAGGGCAGAGCCAAACGCGCAUCGCCGCGCUUUCCUCCCGUCCUGUUAG